AUGUCGGAUUAUAGUCAACCUCGAUUUCUCGAAUGGGGACCGGGCAAAACGGCGCGUGGCAGAGCACGCCUUCCUGAGAGUAGGCGUCGAGACCGACCACAGCUGUCUUGCAGUCUCUGCAGGCAGAGGAAGCUUCGAUGUGACCGACAACAACCCUGUGGGAGCUGUUCUCAUCGAGGGCUCGGCCCUUCCUGUACCUAUGUCUCAAGACCCCCGGGUGGUGUACAGCGUCAGCCAACAGUUCAGGAGCGGAUUCAGCAACUAGAGAGCCUAGUCGUUGAGCUGAUGCAAAAGACAUCAGCAGACAACAGUGGCUGCCAGGAACGCUGGAAUUCUGACACGCCAGGAACUCUGGAGUCUUUCUCUCUGCAUCCUAAUACGGACCAUGCGACUCCUGUCUCUUCAGACGCAAAUAUAGAUAUGCCUGAAACUCCUUCUCUGUCUGCAUCUGAUGGAGGUAGUUUGCAUUUCACAGGAUCUGGCACGAACUAUGUCAACAACGCGCACUGGGCCGCUAUCCUCGACAAGAUUGCCGACCUCAGAGACCAUUUUGAGCAGGAGGAAAUGCAAGCUCGCUACCAUCUACCAGAUGAUGAGACAUUUAUACCCCAAAGGACCGGUCCCCAGCUCCUCUACGGCUGUGCGAAAUUGGCCUCUAAAGAAGAACUUCUUGCGGCCCUUCCAGCCCGAACAGUGGUUGAUCGGCUAGUUUCGCGUUACUUUAACUCGUUCGACAUGUCCCCAGCCGUAUUGAAUAGCGCCCAGUUCCUGAAAGAGUAUGAAGAGUUAUGGAAUGAUCCCUCAAAAGUACCCGUCAUAUGGCUUGGGCUCCUAUAUACAAUCAUGUGUCUGGCAACGCAGUUCCAGAAAUUCAGGUUGGAUCCCACCUUUGAAUCCUCGACCAUGGACCCAUCGGCAGAGCGUGAUCUCCAACGGAUGGUUGAAACGUUUAGAGAAAAGAUCGUACAAUGCCUUAUCCACGGAGAUUAUGCCAAGGGUGGUCCGUAUGUUCUGGAGACACUCAUGCUCUACAUUGCUGUUGAGCUAUUCCUUCGCAGUGAUGCCGAAAUUGGCAUUUGGAUUCUCUUAGGUACUAUUGUCCAGCUGGCAAUGCAUAUGGGCUAUCACAGAGAUCCGAAACACUUCAAGAUCUCCCCCUUCGCAGCUGAAAUGCGCAAACGCGUAUGGACUACUGUAGUUGAGCUGGACCUAGGAAUCUCUACCCAGAUGGGUCUUCCUCGGCUAAUUAAGCAUUGGCAAACUGACACUGGAGAACCUCUCAAUCUUUAUGACAACGACUUUAAUCAGGCCACCACCAAAAUGCCUUGUGCACGACUGGAAACCGAGAUCACGCCUAUGCUAUACCGUCUGGUUAAGGCCCGGAUGGUGACAGUAAUUGGUAUUAUAUGGGACUUUUCAACAGACACUUCCAGGCCCUAUACCUAUGCGGAAAUUAUGAAGAUGAAUAGCAUGCUUCAUGACACGCAUAGAUCUAUCCCUUUAUGUCUCCAGUGGCGUUCAAUGGCCCACUGUAUCAUGGACUCCCCCCAGAUUAUCAUGCAAAAGGUGUUCCUAGAGAUCAUGUUCCACCGUGCAAGAAUUAUGCUGCAUCAGGGGUAUCUUCACAACUCCCAGAUCAAAAGUCGACCUAGUCACUCGCAACAGGAAUGUAUAGAUGCGGCGCUCAAGCUUCUUGAACAUCAGCAUGUGCUCCAAGAAGAGACUCAGCCGUUUUGCCGGCUGUAUCAGGAGCGGUGGAGAGUGUCGUCUCUGGUCAACCACGACUUUCUAUUAGCCACGAGCGUUCUCUGUUCUUACUUGCAGCAGGCCCGCAGUUCUCAAGACGAAGCAGAUGAUCCUUCGCUGGUGGAAACCAUCUGGACCUGUCUUGAAAAGACAUAUGAUAUUUGGCAUUGCUCUAGCAGCUCUUCCAACGAGGCACGUAAGGCUGCGAAAGCUUUGAGCGUAGUUUUGGGGACUCGCAAUACCUCUUGUUCAAAGCAUUCAGAAGACCUGUCGUCACUUGAACAGCUUUCACGUCCAAAUGAGCAUACUGAUUACUCCCAGGAAGGUGAGUCAUGA